GCUGCUAUCCUCACCACCCAUCUGCCGCCGUUAUUACAUUUUAAUUCCAUUUCGGCUGCAUCACCGCCAUCAUUUUGUCACAAUCGUCAUCGCCAACGUUUCCGCGGUUAAAUUAAUCUAAUCUUUUAGUAACAUGCUGAAUCAAAUCAUUAAAAUCGAUUCAUUAUUUCAAUACCGAAAAUUAGUGAACUCAUUUUCAAAUUUGAUUCAGUCAUUUAUUAUGAGAAUUUGAGAGGUACCAGCUCAAAAUUUUUCAAUUUCUGUAACUUUUAUGGUUGUCAUUUUAUUAUCAUCAUCGUUUUAAACGAGAAAUGCAGCGCAUGCAUGCUAUCAACCAGCUAUUUUACGUUAGAUUAUUAAGGCGGCCCUCAAAGGCAAGCAGAAGGAAAGCCCAGAAAACAAAGAAAUACGAUGUAGAGUUGGGCCUAAUUUGGAGCACUAAUUUUGAAAGGUGGAUCCAUAGUUACAUAUUGUCUCCUCUGGUCCAGCAUUAAGGAAAAGCCUAAAGAAGAAGAAAAUAACAGAAAGAACGACUGCGUGCCGGUACAGCCGCCGCGGGAAACUUUAUUUGAGAGCAUAAUAAUAGCUGCUAAUACCAAGCCAUUCUCUCUCUUUCACCUAUAACACUUUCCCUUCCUCUUCUGAUUGCAAGUGGACUUAUAGAAGAAUAUAGAGCAAAAAUUUGAAUUCGAUGGCACUUCGUUUUGAGGUUUUAGGGAGGUUUAAUCGUGCUCGUGCAGCUCGACUUACACUCCCCCACUUUGUGUGCCAGACUCCUUUAUUUAUGCCUGUGGGAACUCAAGGGACAAUUAAAGGUUUGACAACCAACCAGCUUGAGGAGAUUGGUUGUCAAAUCAUUCUUGGGAAUACGUAUCAUUUAGCUCUCCGUCCUACUUCUGAGCUGAUUGAUGAAUUGGGGGGUCUCCAUAAAUUUAUGAACUGGCCUCGAGCACUGCUUACUGAUUCUGGCGGCUUCCAGAUGGUAUCAUUGUUGCAUUUGGCUGAUAUCACAGAGAAGGGCGUGACAUUUCAGUCACCAGUGGAUGGAAAACCAAUGCUUCUAACACCUGAGGAAUCGAUCCAUAUCCAAAACAGAAUUGGUGCAGAUAUUAUUAUGGCUCUUGAUGAUGUAGUAAGAACCACCAUUACUGGUCCACGGAUUGAAGAGGCCAUGUAUCGUACACUUCGAUGGAUAGAUAGAUGUAUAGCAGCACACAAGAGACCAAAUGAACAAAAUUUAUUUGGCAUUGUUCAAGGUGGUUUGGAUCCUGUGUUAAGGGAUAUAUGUGUUAGAGGCUUGGUGGAUCGCAAUUUACCUGGCUACGCAAUUGGUGGUCUAGCAGGUGGUGAAGAUAAAGAUUCAUUUUGGCGUGUUGUUGCUCAAUGUACUGCUGCAUUACCUGAAGAUAAACCACGAUAUGUUAUGGGUGUUGGUUAUCCUCUGGAUAUUGUUGUCUGCAGUGCUUUAGGUGCCGAUGUGUAUGACUGUGUGUAUCCUACUCGUACCGCUCGAUUUGGCACAGCUCUUGUACCAGAGGGGGUGCUGAAGCUAAAACAUAGUGCAAUGGCUGAUGAUACACGUCCCAUUGAUCCUACAUGUGCCUGCAUGGUUUGCAAGAAGUAUACAAGGGCCUACAUUCACUGCCUCGUUACAAAAGAUGCUAUGGGAUCACAGCUUUUGUCAUAUCACAAUUUGUAUUACAUGAUGAAGCUUAGCAGAGAUCUACACUCAUCAAUUGUUGAGGGACGAUUUCCAGAGUUUGUCUGUAAUUUUCUCCAGAAAAUGUUUCCAAAAGGUGAUAUCCCUGACUGGGUCUGCAAUGCCAUGGAGGUUGCUGGAAUUGAUAUCUCAUCUUGCUGCGCUCCAUUCUUUUCGCUCAAGGAUUAGAAUUGGAGAAGUGUAUGCCUGCCAAGAAGUUGGCUUUGACAAAAAUUAACUUUUAACAUAGAUUUAAUCCUUCGAAUUUGGAAGGAUUAAAUAACUGAUAACAAUUUUAUAUUCGAGUCAGGCAAGGCAAACAUGUCAUUGGCGCUGGAGACCUGACUUCCACAGAUCGGUAAUGAUGAUUAAAUUUAUUAAUGACGACACAAUGCAGCAUAAAUUUUGUACCUCAUAUGCUGCGUCCACUUGGAGUUAUACCACAUUUAGGAGGUCUAAGAAUUUGCUACUGUGAGUUUUUGUAAUUGAUCAUUGCUGUACCUCGUAAAAUUUUUGUUUGCAAUUGUGGUCUGAUCAAUACAAUCUGUAAUCCUGCAAGUUCUAUAAUUGAUUAUUCUUGUAAUUUUCAAUACUUCUAUCCGUGAUUUUAGUUUCAACACAAUCUGUAAUAGAAAGGUGCUUUUAGAGCUA